AUGGUGAAGACUUUCGCAAUAGAGGUGGACAACUGGCUCGGACAGCAGCUGCAAUAUGCAGGCGAGAUGUUCGAGCACGGCGAUUGGAAGGGUCCACGUGCUAAGUCGCUGGACCGAACCACACUGCUCGAGUUUGAGAAUACAGCUGCUGUUCAUGGGCAACUAUCGGACGAGACCUUUGCUGCCGACGGGGAGUGGUUUGAUAGUGGCAAUUGGGCUCCUGGGAAUAGGUGCAAGCAUAUUGCUGCACAUGCUGAGACUACUAUCGAGUUCAACAAUAUGGGGGAUACUGUCAGCGGGGUGUCGGGACUGGCUUGGCUUGUUAGCGAAGAAAGUCAGGAUAAAUACCUAAGUUUCAUAUUUUCCAAUCCUCUGGCGGGUGAAGGCAUAUUCGAGGCGUGGGCAGGAGCACCAGCGUACGACUUGAAGUCCGAGUGGGAUAAUGCUACUCAAAGUUUGAAGACCCUCGGUGGUGGGAUGCAAUUGAGUGAUGCUAAAGUGCCGGGUUGCCGAUGGAGUAUCGAGAGCCUGGGAGAUGUGAAUCACAUCCGUCUGGAAGUUUUCUCGGAGUUAGCGGUGUACGAUCCGACGGCCUUCCCCCCACCAUCGACUCAAUCGUUACCCUCUACUCCUGAGACCCCAGCAGCGCCGGCAGUAGUAGCAGUUGAGGAGGAUGAGGAGAAGAAGGAUAAGAAAAUUGAGACGGAAGCACUAGUGCUACGUGAUGAUACGCUCAUGCGAAAAAUGGAGGCGGAAAGGGAGCAAGCUGUGCAAGCUAGUCAGGGAGGAAAGAAGAAGCCAUUGAAUAAGUCUUUGGCCGCUAUAGAUGAGCAGUAUUCGGCAAAUGAUGGUUAUACUGAUCUCAUGAAUUCGACGAGACCGAAAAAUGCCGUUAGUGGUGUGGGUUCGGGUUUGAAAGCUGCUGGAGGAGGAAUCCUCGCGGGUGCGGCGACGCUUGUUGCGGCUCCGACGGUUGGUGCUAAGGAGAAGGGUGUUGGAGGCUUCUUCACUGGGCUGGCUAAAGGUGUGGUUGGUUUUGCGGGAUUGACCAUUGGUGGUGUAGCGGCUGGAGCGGUUCAAGUUGGUCGUGGAAUUUACAACACUCCGGAGGCGAUCCGUGCGGGAAACAAGAAGUAUAUGAAGUGGGAUGAUGAGCUCGGUGCUUGGGUGGACGAGACCGUGAAUCUACGAGAGUUGAUUAAUGAAGUGCAUGCCAAUCCUGAGGACCCUGACUCGGACGUAGAGUAUGAUGGAGAUAGCCACAGCAAUCACGAAGUUGUGGAUACUAAGUUUUACGACAUUCUUGGAGUGAAGACCAACGCUAGCAAGGGGGAGAUUAAGAAGGCGUAUUAUAAGAAGGCGAUGGUGGUGCAUCCCGAUAAGAAUCCUAAUGACCCUGAAGCCCAUAAGAAGUUCCAGGAGUUAUCCCAGGCUUAUCAGUGCUUGUCCGAUCCUGAGUUGAGGAAGAAGUAUGAUACCCAAGGUUUGGAGGGCGUGCAGGAAUCGGUCGCGACACUCGAUCCUAAGCUGUUCUUUGCAGUGUUAUUCGGGUCUGAGAAGUUUUUGCCUUUUAUUGGUCAUCUGGAGUUGGCAAGCCAAGCGGAUGCCAUCGAGAUGAAUAAGGAUACUGACCAGAAGAGGAGGGCCAAGAGGCAACAGCAUAGACGAGAGAUUAAAUGCGCGGAGGAGCUGUUGUCGAGAUUGGAUCGAUAUGUGAUUGCUCGAGAUGAGCAAGGGUUCAUUAAGGAGACUGUGGAGGAAGCCCAAGUCCUUGCUGGGACAUCAUUCGGGGCACCGUUACUGCGGACGGUGGGGUGGAUGUAUCAGAAUAGAGCUACUCAGUUCAUCAACGAGGAGUGUGGGAAGAGCUGGUCGAGGAGGACGGCUUCGUGGAAGGCAACGAGUAGGACGAUGUCGAAUAAAUACUCAGUAGCAUCAUCGAUGGUGAAGGCAGCGAUGGUGUUGAACAGAAUGCAGAAUGCUACUGAGGAGGCGCAGAAGCAGGCAAUGAAGAAGAGAGAGGAAGAACGCAAAGCUCGUGGGGAAUCUGGCGAGGAUGAUACUCCAAUCGAGCUGAAUGAUGACGAUCUCAAGAAGGCAUCUGAGGAGUUCGAGAGUGCUCUACCUGUGUUCCUACGUACAGCGUGGGAUAUGUGCGCUCUUGAUAUCGAGCACACUGUGAAGAUUAUUUGCAAGAGAGUUUUGAUGGACAUAUCAGCCCCGUGGCAGAUUCGGAUGAGAAGGGCGUAUGCAUUAUUGAGGAUGGGUCAGAUCUUCGAGGAUAUGGGCCAAGUUGAAGACACGAAGUCAUCAUGCGAAGGAGCUAAGAAGAAGUUGGAGGAAGCACUGUAUAGCAGUUUCAAGGAAAAGGCUGGGGGACGACCUUAG